CUAACCAAAUUUGGCUGCCACCAUCAGAGCAAUUCCCUUGUUGUCGGACCCAUUGCGUAUCACAUGCUGCAGGAGCAGCCACGCAGGGCCGAAGAACAGCAGCAGCCUCGUCGGAGUGACGACGAUGAGCGGCAGGAAUCCAUCAAAUACGGGGACGUUUUCAACGUCUCCAGUGACCUGGCUGCAAACCCCAUCGCACCUCAGGAUGCUCGCAUGAUGGGCCAUGCUGAAACGAGGGUGUUGGGACAAGUGCCGCAGGCUGAUCCGGGUGAUGUCAUGCGAGCCGCCGCUGCUCAUAAUGUCCGAGUGGGUCUUCUCCCAAGCCGUGAUAUUAGCGAUGCUGCUAAAAAUCAAGGCAUUGACCUCAGCGAGACCGCCGUUCCCGGAGCCCGUGUCGUUACCGAAUUCGUUGGCGGACAGGGGGCAACCGAAAAACUGGCGACAGACAAGCCAGUGAGCAGGCAGGAUGCAGAAGCGGUGGUGAGCGCAGAGCCGAGGAACAAUCCAAACCUGACAACCCACACAGGUGGGGUGGCGGCCUCCAUCACCGCCGCCGCAAGACUGAGUGAGAGCGGCACAAAUAUAUGAAAACAGCUCAACUGAACUGUAAGUCUUGAGUUGUGUUUUUGGUAAUAAAGUGUAUGAUUUGAUCUGGAAUUUUUUGUUUUUCUGAGACCGUUAUUUAUGUCCUUAAAACUAAAAUUCUGGUAGACAAAAAAGCAGCUUUUUUUUUUUCGCCCCCUUGUUCUUCUUUUCCUGUUGCUCACUGUUCACUGUGGAGUCAGGUUCUUUUGUUUAUAUUUUAAGCCUUUUCUCU